UGCUUCCGGCUAGAAACAAACCAGACUCGGAUGUGUAAAAACUACAUUUAACACCGGUUAGCUUGUUGUAUUCAUAUUUAAAACCAACCGGAACCUGUAUUUUGUGUGUCUAUGUGAGGUUCGAGCGUCAGACAUGAGCGUCACGUUGGAUAUAAGACUGAAAAGAGCGAACAAAGUUUAUCAUGAAGGGGAAGCGGUGGCUGGUGUCAUCGUGUUGGUGUGUAAGGAGCCGCUGCAGCACCACGGCAUCUCUCUGAACAUGGAGGGACUGGUGAACCUGCAGCUCAGCUCCAAGAGUGUCGGCGUCUUCGAGGCUUUCUACAACUCUGUCAAGCCCAUCCAGCUGAUCAGCAGUAACAUCGAGGUGGCCAAUGCAGGAAAGAUCCCAGGCGGCAAGACUGAGAUCCCCUUUGAGUUUCCUCUGCUCACAAAGGGCAACAAAGUUCUGUACGAGACCUACCACGGUGUCUUUGUCAACAUUCAGUACUCCCUCCGCUGUGACAUGAAGCGCUCCCUGCUGGCCAAAGACCUGACUAGGAACUGUGAGUUCAUCGUUCACUGUCAGCCACUGAAAGCUAAAACUGCCCCCAACCCAGUAAACUUCACCAUCACUCCAGACACGUUAGAUAACAUCAGAGAGAGGAGUUCCCUGCCCAAGUUUCUAAUCCGAGGCCAUUUAGACGCCACCAACUGUGUGAUCAGCCAGCCGCUGACUGGAGAGGUGGUGGUGGAGAACUCAGACGUCCCCAUCAAGAGUAUUGAGCUGCAACUCGUACGAGUAGAGACCUGUGGUUGUGCUGAAGGCUACGCCAGAGACGCCACGGAGAUUCAGAACAUCCAGAUCGCCGAAGGUGACGUGUGCCACGGCCUCUCUAUUCCCAUCUACAUGGUGUUUCCCAGACUGUUCACCAGCCCCACGCUGGAGACCACCAACUUCAAAGUCGAGUUUGAAGUGAACGUCGUCAUUGUGUUACAUGACGAGCAUCUGAUCACUGAGAACUUCCCCCUGAAGCUGUGCAGAGUCUGAACCAGCCGUCAGGAAACUGCCCUGGAACUCUGCUGCUGCCACUCUUCAUACAAGCAAACAGGACAAACGACAAUGUUGUGACCCAGGAGAUUUUUUUUAUUGGAACUCUGAACUUGUUUCUUUCAUAAUGUAACAGAUCCUCUACAGCUGGUGAAAGAAGUAACGCUAAGGAGGAGUGGCUCUACUGAUGAAUUCAGAGCUUUCUUUCAUAAAAGUAUAUAUGUAUGAUCGUAUGUGAGAUAAAAUCUAGGAGAGUGAUUAAAAAAUAAACAAACGUAAUAAACAUCACAUUCAUGGAGACAAUGGUGACAGUGAAGAUAAAGACAUUUGACUACUUCUCACGAUUUGUUGGGCCUGAAAGAGAGCAGCGUAAAAAAAUCUUAAUUUUCACAUUUGAAAUGUCAGAGAUAAACAAACGAGGAAGACGAAAUGGAACACUAGACAGUUUUAUUUCGCUAAAGUAAAAACUGGUGUUUCUCUACACAUCGCUUUUUAAUGAUAUUAAAAAAAGCUUCUAAAAGGCAUGUUUAGAUGUGAAUGAAUAAAAAGUCAAAUAAAAGCUUGAACAUAAAAGCAGACUUUAAGGAAGUGGUUAGAUGUUACGGAGCCGGGCGUCUCCGGCCCGACAGCGCGGGGAAGUCGUCUGGCAGCAGGGCGUGGUUCCUGCAGGUCGGACAGGUGCUCUGCUCCUUCAGCCAUGCAUUAAUGCACUGGACACAGACAGGACAAAAGACCAAUAUUAAACCCAGCAGCAGGAUCCACACACACACACAGGAUCUAUUAACCCAACUCUUUUGUUCUGGAUCCCUUUUCUUUGUUUACAUUCAGACUCUGGGCUUCACAACUGUUUUUUUAGAAAGCUCUGUUGUGGAGCUGCUGACCACUACAGUUGUGUUUUUGUAUCAUGCAUGUGCUCAGUUACACAUUCCUGCACUUACCCAUUCCAGAAAUAGUUUGUUUUCAAUCAAUCCGUUUAAUUUGAUUCUUAAUGAUUCUUUCACAUCAGAUUCAUAUUCCAAUUCUGCAGUAAGCACUAAUAUGGCCGACAGUAGUAUUGCCUUCAAUAUGAAAAUGGAUUGAAAGUGCAUAAUUUAUUGAAAUACUUAGUAUAUGAGCCUGGAUAAAAUGAAUAAGCUUGACUAGAUGAAGAUAAUAUUUCCAACAAAUGCAAACAGAGCUCAGAUCAGUGAGCAGAGUGUUUUUUCAGCCUGUUUAAGCCUCAUAAUAACCUCCCACCUGAUCACUAAGUUGGUCUGUUCACACCCGGUACUAGAAUGAGUCGUGGUCGUUUCUCUACAUGAAGUUUUUACUUUACAGACUCGUCUGACAUUGUUAGUUUAUGUUCUGUGCUCUGCAGCUUGAUAUCAUGAAAGACCUGAUUGAUAAAGAAAGCUGAUAAUUUCUGUAAUGACCUGUAUGUCUGUCUUUUUCCCCCCCGCACUUCAGCUUCAUGUCAGCAAAAAAUAAAAUCCCUUAAAAAUA